AUGUGGACAGAGGAAUACAAUGAUCACUUCGACUUUUUGCUGCAGCUCCUUGAUGCCAGCCUCACAGACGUGCUGUCUGACUCGGAUGAGUGUGAUUUGGGCAGUCUGGAGCGUUUGGAGCGCGGGAGCACUGACACUCUGGCCAACGGCUGCCGACCGGACUGUGAGGCUGCCAAAAGACUGGCCAAACGCCUCUAUCACCUCGAGGGCUUCAAACGCUGCGAUGUUGCCAGACACCUGGGCAAGAAUAAUGACUUCAGCCAGCUGGUGGCGUCAGAGUACUUGAGCUUUUUCGACUUCUCCGGCCUGUCACUGGAUCGAGCCCUGAGGAACUUCUUGAAGGCCUUUCCCCUGAUGGGAGAAACCCAGGAGAGAGAGAGGGUCCUUGUUCACUUCUCCAGACGAUUCUGCCACUGCAACCCACAGACGCUAACCUCCGAGGAUGGUGCCCACACGCUAACCUGUGCCCUAAUGCUUCUCAACACUGAUCUACAUGGACAUAACAUUGGGAAGAAGAUGUCUUGCCAGCAGUUUAUUAGUAAUCUCGAUGGCCUGAACAACAGCAAAGAUUUUCCCAAAGAUUUAUUAAAGGUCUUGUAUAACUCAAUCAAGAAUGAGAAGCUUGAGUGGGCUGUUGAGGAGGAGGAGCUCAGGAAGAGUCUGUCAGAGUUGGUAGAGGAGCAGUGUGAGGGGGGGACGAAGCGUGUUGCCAGGGUAACGGAUGGCAAUAACCCCUUCAUCGCCAUUCCCAUUCUACUAAAUGCGGUCACUUACAAGCACGGAGUGCUGACCCGCAAGAGUCACGCUGACAUGGACGGCAAACGCACUCCGAGGGGUCGCAGAGGCUGGAAAAAGUUCUAUGCGGUUCUGAAGGGAAUGAUCUUAUAUCUCCAGAAGGACGAGUAUAAGCCAGACACCGACAUUUCAGAAGUGGACCUUAAGAACGCCGUGCGUAUCCACCAUGCUUUAGCCACCUGUGCCACAGACUACAGCAAGAGAACAAAUGUGCUGAAGCUCAAAACCUCAGACUGGAGGGUCUUUUUGCUGCAAGCUGGGAGUGAGGAGGAGAUGAUGUCUUGGAUCUUCCGGAUAAACCUUGUGGCAGCUCUGUUCUCUGCGCCGGCCUUCCCUGCCGCCAUUGGCUCAAUGAAGAAAUUCUGUCGGCCCAUUCUGCCGUCAUCAUCUACCAGACUCAACCAGGAAGAGCAACUGCUGAGUCAUGAGAACAAGCUAAAGCAGAUGAGUCUGGAGCUGGAAGAACACAGGAAAAACCAGCCGGUGGCAGACCCGAAAAGCCGCGAGUGGGAGGAGUAUCGGCUUAAAGAGCACUACCUCACCUACGAGAAGACUCGAUAUGAGACGUACAUCAGCCUCCUGCAGGCCAAGAUCCGCACAGAGACGGACGACCUGGAGAAAAUUGAGGCCAGUAUGAUGGGCGGCCUGAUUAUGGGCAGUGACCUGGCCGGCAAGGAGUGCCACCUUCGAAAGACGCAGUCCUCACCUUCCAUCAGUCAGGCCCACGCCGGUCUGAACGGGAGGGCAACCGGAAGCAGUCUCUCAGGACAGAGGAGCUGA